GCGUUUGAUUGUAUUCAUUCAAUGCUUUCAUCGCCACGAAGAUGGUGUGAUUUCGGAUUCGAAAUGGCAGGGAGUGAGAAGUUACAAGACAUCUUGAGCGAUUUCCCGGAGGUGACUCCAAUCAGGGCGUAUCUACAAGAUUACACUUACAACUACUCACUUCGUCACACGUGGUUCGGGGAUCAGCACGCUCAUUCCAGACUCAGCAGUCAGAGUCCUCCAGAUUUUGCUGAAACAAAGCCUAAUGUUUUCCCCAAACUUCAGCUAGAUCAUCUUCAAUUCCCACCAACAAAUCUUUCAACAGUUAAUCAGGAUCCAUGCAACAUAAAGACAGAACCAUAUGAAUAUGCAACAAGUACAGAAGUGGCAAGUGAAUAUGUGCAAGUCAAUCCCCCAGUGGCCAAAUUUCCACCAAUUAAGUUGGAACCCAAUGAGUUUCCUACAGUUAAUAUUAGAGAUUUGGGAAGCAGUAUAUUACAACUCCCCAUGGCUGAGAAAUCAAAUAGUUCUGAUGUUCCUUCAAGAUACCUUCAGAAUAACCCCCAGCUUUCAUUACCUUUGCGACAACCUCUUGUUGAUAUGACCAAUGUCUUAGAGUCAUUUGAUACUGGAAGGUCAAAGGAGAACAGCCAAAAUGAAAGAGAAAAUCUGAGCAGGGUACCUCUCUCCAAAUAUUUACCUGUUUUAUGGAAAUCUGUUUUUGAUUCCCAAAACACUCAAAGUGAUUUAGAAGAGGAAGAGGAGAAACCUAUGACAGAUAGAGAAUUUCCAAAGACCUCAGAAGGUCAGGAAAGGAGGGUAAAAAGAUCAAGGAAACUUCAAAUACCGGUCAAAAGUGCCCAAAGAUUGGAUCCAAACUUCAGAGGGGCCACUGUAAUACUGCACACAGAAAUAAAGAAUAAAAACUGUAGUCUCACUCUAUCAGCUCAUUUCAGUAAUGUAAAGAUCUACAAGCAGCAGCCCUGCAGAAAACGGAAGCACAGUGGUUCCUACUCCAACGCGGACUCUGUGAGUGGCUCUGAUGAGGAAAAUACAAUUCCAUUCCCAAAGGAUACCCAUUACUCGGGUAAGAUCUGUGCCUCCUGUGGGACCCAUAGAACCCCCCUCUGGAGAGACGCUGAUGAUGGAACACCCCUCUGUAAUGCUUGUGGAAUCAGGUGA